AUGCUCAUGCCCUUGGGUGGGCUGCUGUGGUGGUGGUGCUGCUGCUGUGGCUGGUACUGCUGUGGACUGUGCACCCCAGCUCCCCAGAUGUUGCGCCACCAGGGUCUCCUCAAGUGCCGCUGCCGAAUGCUCUUCAAUGACCUGAAGGUUUUCCUACUGAGGCGCCCCCCUCCAGCGCCCCUGCCCAUGCACGGUGACCCCCAGCUCCCUGGUGUGGCGGCCAACAACAACACCCUUCCGGCUCUGGGUGCCGGGGGGUGGGCAGGCUGGAGGGGCCCCCGAGAAGCGGUGGGCAGGGAGACCCCUCCUCUGCCACCUCCACCACCUCUGCCUCCUUCUGUGGAAGAUGACUGGGAUAGCCCAGCCACGGGGCCACCUGCCUCCCUGCUCGGCAGUGCUUCCUCUGACGAAUUCUGUAAGGAGAAAACUGAGGACUGCUACUCUCUAGGAAGUAGCUUGGACAGUGGCAUGAGGACUCCCCUCUGCCGCAUCUGUUUCCAGGGACCAGAACAGGGAGAGCUGCUAAGCCCAUGCCGCUGUGACGGUUCAGUCAAAUGUACACACCAGCCAUGUCUCAUCAAAUGGAUCAGUGAAAGGGGCUGCUGGAGUUGUGAGCUGUGCUACUACAAGUACCAUGUCAUCGCCAUAAGCACAAAGAAUCCUCUACAGUGGCAGGCCAUAUCCCUGACAGUCAUCGAGAAGGUUCAGAUUGCAGCCGCCAUCUUGGGUUCUCUCUUCCUCAUCGCCAGUAUCUCUUGGCUCAUCUGGUCGACCUUCAGUCCCUCAGCAAAAUGGCAACGCCAAGACCUCCUCUUCCAGAUCUGCUAUGGGAUGUACGGCUUCAUGGACGUGGUGUGCAUAGGUCUCAUCAUCCACGAAGGGCCCUCGGUGUAUCGCAUCUUUAAACGCUGGCAGGCUGUAAACCAGCAGUGGAAAGUGCUGAACUAUGAUAAGACAAAAGACUUAGAGGAUCAAAAAUCAGGAGGCAGGACAAACCUACAGACUUCCUCAUCUGCCCAAGCCAACAUGCCCUCCACGGAAGAGGAGGCAGCCAGCCCGCCUGCCCGUGAAGAGGGCCCCACCAGGGCUGCCAGCCACCCCUCAGGCCCUGUGUCCCAACACCACUGUGCUUACACCAUCCUACACAUCCUGAGUCACUUGAGACCUCAUGACCAGAGGAGCACCCAGGGCAGCAGCCGAGAGCUCGUCAUGAGAGUCACCACAGUGUGA